UUUGUUGCGACGUGGUCCCCGGCUCCGGCAUUAUAAAGGGCGCCACGAGUCGGCAUUGUCAGGCGGCGGCACCGCGCGGGAGGUGUCUUGGUUGUGUCCGUUGGUUCCCGUGCGGCGGCGGCCAAGGAGGAGGAGACACAGUUGGAGCAGCUCCGUGGGCUGACUGGGGCGAGGCCUCAGCAGCGCGAGCUUGAGUGCGGCCGAGCCCGCGGCGCCUUCCCCGGCUGGUGGGGACAAGCGGGCCACGCGGCGUCAUCGGCGGCGAGGUGAGCGGCGGCCGGCGGGCGGGAGCUCUGGCGGGAGCCGCGCCGGCCUGACGCGCUGUCGCCGCUGGUUGCAGGAGCCGCCGCGCCUAGGCCUAGCAUGUCGGAAGCGGGCGAGGAGCAGCCCAUGGAGACGACGGGCGCCACCGAGAACGGACAUGAGGCCGCCCCUGAAGGCGAGUCCCCGGCCGGGGCUGGCACGGGCGCCACGGCGGGGACUGGAGGCGCGACCGCGGCGCCCCCGAGCGGGAAUCAGAACGGCGCCGAGGGCGACCAGAUCAACGCCAGCAAGAACGAGGAGGACGCGGGAAAAAUGUUCGUUGGUGGCCUGAGCUGGGAUACUAGCAAAAAAGAUUUAAAAGACUAUUUUACUAAAUUUGGAGAGGUCGUUGACUGUACAAUAAAAAUGGAUCCCAACACUGGACGGUCAAGAGGGUUCGGGUUUAUCCUGUUCAAAGAUGCAGCCAGUGUGGAGAAGGUCCUAGACCAGAAGGAGCACAGGCUGGAUGGCCGUGUCAUUGACCCUAAAAAGGCCAUGGCUAUGAAGAAGGACCCGGUGAAGAAAAUCUUCGUUGGGGGUCUGAAUCCUGAAGCCACUGAGGAAAAGAUCAGGGAGUACUUUGGCGAGUUUGGGGAGAUUGAGGCCAUUGAACUUCCAAUGGAUCCAAAGUUGAACAAAAGACGAGGUUUUGUGUUUAUCACCUUUAAAGAAGAAGAACCUGUGAAGAAGGUUCUGGAGAAAAAGUUCCAUACCAUCAGUGGAAGCAAGUGUGAGAUCAAGGUGGCCCAGCCCAAAGAAGUCUAUCAGCAGCAGCAGUAUGGCUCUGGGGGCCGUGGAAACCGCAACCGAGGGAACCGAGGCAGUGGAGGUGGCGGUGGAGGUGGAGGUCAGAGUCAGAGUUGGAAUCAGGGCUACGGCAACUACUGGAACCAGGGCUACGGCUACCAGCAGGGCUACGGGCCUGGCUAUGGCGGCUACGACUACUCGCCCUAUGGCUAUUACGGCUACGGCCCCGGCUACGACUACAGUCAGGGUAGUACAAACUACGGCAAGAGCCAGCGACGUGGUGGCCAUCAGAAUAACUACAAGCCAUACUGAGGCGGCAGCAGGAGCGACCAACUGACCGCACACAUGCUUUGUUUGGAUAUGGAGUGAACACAAUUAUGUACCAAAUUUAACUUGGCAAACUUUCUAUGGCCUGUCCCAUGUGCAUCUUAUUUAAAAUUUCCCCCAUGGAAAUCACUCUCCUGUUUACUAUUUCCAGAGCUCUAGUUGUUUAGGCAGCGUGUGGUGUCUGAGAGGCCAGAGUGCCAAUAUGGGCUGAUUUUUAUUACCAGGUCCCCCAGAACCAGGUGGGAGGCUCUGCUUCCUGCUGCCGCUCUGCAGCCUGGACCUGUGGACCCUGGUUGUAAAGAGUAAAUUGUAUCUUAGGAAACCAGUGUCACCUUUUUUUCACCUUUUAAUUUUAUAUUAUUUGUGUCAUACAUUUCCUGUAAUGGAAGUGUUAAUUUUACUGUACUUUUUGGUACCUUUUGGGAAUCUAAUGUAUUGUAAGGUAUUUUACACGUGUCCUGAUUUUGCCACAACCUGGAUAUUGAAGCUAUCCAAGCUUUUGAAAUAAAAUUUAAAAACCCCCAAGCCUGGGUGAGUGUGGGA